AUGAUCCAUGAAUCUAAGACACUACUUUCGGAUCGACGUCAAAGAACGGAAGCCAGUUUUGGUCCGAGGAGGAGAGUCGAUUCAGUUGAACAAUCACCAGCUAUGAUAUCUAAACAACAAGAACGUGCUACAACUGGUUUUGGUUCUGAAUAUGAUAUACGUAAUACACAAGAAGGCCUUGGUACAUGUGGAUGGAUAUUAGUUGCAUUUUCUUAUGUCAUAUGUGUUUUAACUUUUCCAUUUUCACUUUGUGUCACAGUCAAAGUUGUACAAGAAUAUGAAAGAGCAGUUAUUAUGCGUCUUGGUCGAAUACUUUCAGGUGGUGCCAAAGGUCCUGGUUUAUUUUUUGUUUUACCUUGUGUUGACUCAAUUAUUAAAGUUGAUUUACGUACGAUUACCUUCGAUGUCCCUCCACAAGAAAUUCUCACAAGAGAUUCUGUCACUGUAUCAGUUGAUGCUGUUGUUUAUUUUCGAAUAUUUAAUCCAAUAAUAAGUGUAACUAAUGUAGAAAAUGCACGUUAUUCAACACAAUUGCUUGCUGCAACAACACUUCGUAAUAUUUUAGGUACAAAAAGUUUACAAGAAAUUUUAUGUGAUCGAGAACAGAUUUCACAUUCAAUGCAAGCUCAUCUAGAUGAAGGAACAGAUCCAUGGGGUGUAAAAGUUGAACGUGUAGAAAUCAAAGAUGUUCGUCUACCUGUUAAUAUGCAACGUAGUAUGGCUGCAGAAGCUGAAGCUGCACGAGAAGCUCGAGCGAAAGUAAUUGCAGCUGAAGGUGAACAAAAAGCUUCGUGGGCUUUAAAAGAAGCUGCAGAUGUUAUCAAUGAAAGUCCAAUAGCACUACAAUUGAGAUAUUUUCAAACGUUAACACAUAUAUCAGCAGAAAAAAAUUCAACAAUUGUUUUUCCGAUUCCCGUUGAACUAUUAAGAUUAAUGAAAAGUCGAACUAAUAAUAAUAAUGUACAUGUAACGAAUGAUUUAUAA